AACCGCCAUAAAAAUAAAAAAGAAGAAGAAGAAGCAGACGCAGUACUGCGUCAGUCACAUGAGUUUUAGUCCUAAAUGCACAUUUGUCAGAUAUCAGGGAUUUAUCGCAGAUCUCCUUCGUUUAGUAUGGGUUUAGAAGCCUGGUACAUGAACUGCUCGGACGAGGACCAGAGGAAGCCCCAUAGACUGAACCCGAAUCGGUCCGUCUCCCUGGACGAAUUGAGGAAGCUCGGAGUUUUCUACUGGAAACUGAACGCCGAUACCUAUGAAACAGAUCCAGAGCUGGAAAAGAUCCGCAAAGAGCAAGGAUACUCCUACAUGGACAUUAUUACAAUUGAAAGGGACAGACUACCCAACUAUGAGGAAAAGCUGAAGAUGUUCUAUGAGGAGCAUUUACAUUUGGAUGAUGAGAUCCGCUACAUCCUGGACGGGCAGGCCUACUUUGAUGUCCGGGACAAGGAGGACCGAUGGAUCCGAAUCGCCAUGAAAAAGGGAGACUUGAUCACCCUGCCGGCAGGCAUCUACCACCGCUUCACCCUGGAUGAGACGAACUUCACCAAAGCCAUGCGGCUGUUUGUCGGGGAGCCGGUGUGGAAGGCCUACAACCGGCCGGCAGAUGACUUCGACAUCCGGCAGAAAUAUGUGGCCUCGCUGCAGGGAUCCUUAAAGGCUGGAGAUUCCCUCCCAACUAAUACACUAAAACCACCUCCUUCAGUUUGACCUCAGCAGGUUCAUAAGAGGACUGAUGAGGAAAGAUGUACACUGAUAAUUUGUGAUGAAUGAGAUCUUCAAGUGGAAUGCAUCAGAUUACUCAUUUGUGCUGCACUGUUUAAAAGAUUACAUAGUGCUUUUUAAGGGGUCACUUAUUAGUUUCUUUAGAUACUUAUGCUUUUUAUUUUACCUGGGUUUGAGGUGAAGAAGUUUGAAGUAAUUUCGCUAAAAGGUGACUUUGCCAGCAACAAAAGAUGAGUGCCUUCAUUUGUAAUAAAUAAAGCAUGAGUCUAAUUUCUAAUUCCAAGCUCAGAAAAUAAACAAAAUGGUGUUCAUGUCAAAUCAAUGUACAUUUUUAUUACACUAGAAAUAAAUCUGCUGCUAAUGUC